UGCCUGAGAAAGUAGGGUUAGAUUUCUUAAUGUGGUAAUUUUGCCCUUUUGAGACUUAAGGAAGUAUUUAUAGGGCAUUUAUUCAGUAUACUAGCAUUUAAAUUUGAAUUAUUUUUCUGUGUAUAAAUAUAUAAUAAAAAAUUAUGCCAAGAUCCAAACGAGACAAGAAAGUGUACCUGACAAAAACUGGUAAAAAAGGACUUCAGCUGAAACAGAAAAUCAUUGAGGAUGUGAGAAACUGCGUUAAGAAAUUUGAAAGUGUAUACGUAUUUAAAUACCGUGAUAUUAGGAGUAACCAUAUAAAAGAUGUACGUGAACAAUGGAAGAAUAGCAGGCUGUACUUUGGAAAAAAUAAAGUUAUAACAGUAGGAUUGGGUAAAUCUAAAGAAGACGAAAUUGAGGAUAACAUACACAAGAUUUCCCACUUUAUUAAGGGAACCUGUUGUCUUCUAUUCACAGACUCUAAAAAAGACGAAGUGGUAGAUUGGUUUGAAAAUUUUCAUGUCCAAGAUUACCCUCGAUCGGGAUUCAAAGUGGAAACAACGAUAAAGUUAAACGAAGGGCCCCUAAAGGAGUUUUCUCAUUCAAUUGAACCAUACUUGAGACAGCUGGGAUUACCUACAAAAUUAGAUAGAGGGAUUGUUACAUUAAUAAAAGACUACGUAGUGUGUAAGGAAGGCGACGUUCUAACCCCGGAUCAAGCCAGUUUGUUGGAAUUACUAGGACACAAACUGGCAACGUUUAAGUUAGAAUUAAGGGCAAUGUGGACCAAACCAGGACACUUCGAGAAGUUUUCCGACAAGGAGGAAGAGGAAGAAGAAGGCGGUGAGGAGAUGGAAGAGGAUGACGUAGACUAGAAAUGUGAUGUUGACAAAAGAUAUAUUUUUUUUUCAUGUAGAUGUUAAUCGUUGUAUCGAAAUCCACAUAAAAGUUUUAUACAAA